AUGUAUAGUGAGGAAGCUGACGCCGCUCUCGCUGAUGAGGAGAUAGGACUUAUGAUGAGGUCCACGGCUGGGAAGGUGACCAUUGCCGAGGAAAGCCGCAAGUGUUGGGAGAAGUUUGGCGCAUCGCCUAGGAAGGAGGUCAGCUCGAAAAUCCCUCGUGGUAGCGUCGGUGGUGGCGGUGAUUCGGUGAAGGAGUGGUUCGGAAAGCUUCGUGUUGACUUUGGGGAUAAGAUACUAGUGUGGAUAUGUGUAUCUCAACACCUUACCAAAGGCUUGGUCCUCUACUACAUGCUCAGUACUAUGGACUACCUCCUACGGUCCUAUCGAGUGAGCGGACCACAACUGCAAAUCCUCUCUGGUGUGGUAUUCAUGCCUUGGGUUAUGAAGCCUGUUUUCGGUGUCCUCUCGGACAUGUGUCCUGUCCUCGGCUACCAUAAGCAGCCGUAUAUCCUCCUAUCGGCCGUACUGGGGAUUGGGGCCUUCCUUCUCCUAUGUGCCAACCCGGUCACCGACGGGAAAGGGGAGUACCUUCCUCUACUCGAAAGGAGGCUGUCUCUAUCAUCGGUCGUGUUUGCUAUGUUCACUUGUACGGUCUUUGUCACUGUCCAGAACCUACUGACAGAAGCGAGAUACUCGGACCUAAUGCGAAAUCAAUCUGAUGGUGGCAGCUCCCCCAGGCUGAUAACGUUCGUAUUGCUCGGCAAAAACACCUUUGAAGUCAUUGCUGCUGCUACUGUCGGGACCAUCAUCACCAAGUGA